AUGCAUGCGUUAUAUAUUAAAAGUUUAUCUCUAAUAUUUUUCUUUUUGCUUGCUGAUGCGUUACCUACCAAACGGUUUAGCCUAACAAAAAUUUCGUUAACCAAAGCAGUUGUCAAAGAUAUUAGUUUAUUAGAUGAAGUUGUUCAAAGCAACGAUAUCUGUUAUUACGGACAAGUAACAAUCGGUACACAAAAUUUUAACGUACAAUUUGAUACAGGAUCUUCAGACCUUUGGGUUCCAUCCACAACUUGUGUUUCAACUUUUUGUAAAAAUAAGAAUAAAUAUGAUAAAACCAAGGAUCCAUCAUUCAAAGAUCUUAAAAAACCUUUCAAACAAACUUAUGCAAAAGGAAAUGUAUCAGGAAUUUCAGGACAGUCAAAAUUUUCUAUUGCGGGUCUCCAGAUAGUAGGCCAAGAUUUCGGGAUUGUUAAUAUGGUUUCCGAUAUUAAUGCUCCAUUUGAUGGUAUAAUGGGAAUGGCAUUUGAUACGAUUGAUCAAAAAACACCUAUAUCAUUGCUCAAAACGCAAGGCGUGAUUAAUCCACCGAUAUUUGCCUUCAAACUUGGUAGAGAUAUUAAUAAAACGAAGAGUGAAUUAACAAUCGGUGGAGUGGACUCAACCCAAUAUAAAGGAGCUAUUUUCUGGACAAAAGUAGGUGUAAAUACCGGCCUUUGGGAAAUUCCUCUAGAAGAUAGCUCUGUGAAUGGUGUAUCAACAGCAUUGGGAGCUCGCACUGCAAUUAUUGAUACCGGAACAACUAAUAUAUUCGUUCCGACAAACGAUGCCAAAAAAAUUUAUUCGCACAUUCCCUCUUCCUCUUUUACGAAUGGCCAAUUUUACUUGCCAUGCAAUACUAGAGCUCAGAUUAAUUUGAAAUUUAGUGGGAAAAGUUGGAGUAUUUCUGCUGAAGACUUGGUUCUGUAUCCUCCGAACAAUGGAACUUGUUUAGGAAGCAUUCAACAAGGUAUCAAAUCACUGGGUAAUUCACGAUGGUUGCUUGGUGAUUCCUUUCUUAAGAAUGUAUAUAGUGUGUUUGAUUUGGACAAUAAACAAGUUGGAUUUGCAUCUCUGGCUUAA